GCGAUGGUGAUGAGGGCCUUUGUCCUGUUGGCUGUCUUUGUGGAAGCCUCUGCGAGAUCUUGCACUCCGAAUAAAGCAGAUGUCAUUCUUGUGUUUUGUUAUCCCAAAACCAUCAUCACCAAAAUCCCCGAGUGUCCCUAUGGCUGGGAAGUGCAUCAGCUGGCCCUCGGGGGGCUGUGUUACAACGGGGUCCAUGAAGGGGGUUACUAUCAAUUUGUGAUCCCGGAUUUGUCACCUAAAAACAAGUCUUAUUGUGGAACCCAGUCCGAGUACAAGCCCCCCAUCUACCACUUCUAUAGCCACAUCGUUUCCAAUGACAGCACAGUGAUUGUAAAGAACCAGCCCGUGAACUACUCCUUCUCCUGCACCUAUCAUUCCACCUACUUGGUGAACCAGGCUGCCUUUGACCAAAGAGUGGCCACUGUUCACGUGAAGAAUGGGAGCAUGGGCACUUUUGAAAGCCAGUUGUCUCUCAACUUCUAUACUAAUGCCAAGUUCUCCACGAAGAAGGAAGCCCCUUUUGUCUUGGAAACAUCCGAAAUUGGUUCAGAUCUGUUUGCAGGAGUAGAAGCCAAAGGGUUGAGUGUCAGGUUUAAAGUGGUUUUGAACAGCUGUUGGGCCACCCCGUCAGCCGAUUUUAUGUACCCCCUUCAAUGGCAGCUAAUCAACAAGGGCUGCCCCACGGAUGAAACUGUCCUCGUACACGAGAAUGGGAAAGAUCACAGGGCCACCUUCCAGUUCAACGCUUUCCGGUUCCAGAACAUCCCCAAACUCUCCAAGGUUUGGUUACACUGUGAGACAUUCAUCUGUGACAGCGAGAAGCUUUCCUGCCCAGUGACCUGUGACAAGAGGAAGCGGCUCCUCCGGGACCAGACAGGGGGCGUCCUGGUGGUGGAGCUCUCCCUCCGUAGCAGGGGAUCCUUCCGUCUCUAUAGCUUCUCAGAUGUCCUCUAUCACCUCAUCGUCAUGCUGGGGAUUUGCAUCGUGUUGUAGGAAAUCACCAGGCAGCCAGCAGCAUCUCCUCCACCCAAAAUCACCUCCUGUGUCCCUGACAAACUUUUACCGUGCUGCCAGCAAGAACCAACAGAAGAGCAUACUGUUGGGAAGCAGAGAAUAGUGCUUUGCCAAUAACGUGUUCCAGUGAUUUUUGUGAAUUUCAGUGAUUGCCUUUGGUGCCUCACUUCCUCCUGGGACUUCCUGUGGCUCCGA